GAUGGUUAUGUGCCGGUGACAGCUCACUUGAAAAAAUCUAAGAGUAAGAAAUCUGUAAGCCUCUCUGGAUAACACACACAGGGCCAAGAGCUCAGAUCUUUAUCAAACUGUACGAGUAAACAAAUCCAAAAACAUCGAGAUGUCAAACUCGGGAGGUCGGAGACUGAAGCAGUGGCUGAUGGAGCAGAUCCAGAGUGGUCAGUACUCCGGGCUGCUGUGGGAGGAUGAAAGCCGCACAAUGUUCCGCAUUCCAUGGAAACACGCAGGGAAACAGGAUUACAACCAAGAAGUAGAUGCAUCCAUUUUUAAGGCAUGGGCUGUGUUUAAAGGCAAGUUUAAGGAGGGGGACAAGGCUGAGCCUGCCACAUGGAAGACUAGGCUCCGUUGUGCCCUCAAUAAAAGUCCUGACUUUGAGGAGGUGACAGAAAGGUCGCAGCUGGACAUCUCUGAGCCCUACAAAGUUUAUCGCAUUGUACCAGAGGAGGAGCAGAAGCAUGGAAAAAGCUCAGUUAUGGCCAUGGCAGCAACCACUAGCUCUGGUGAUAUCACUGACUGCAGCCCUGCAGAAAUAGAAGAGCUCAUUAAAGAGGAAGAAGGCUGUAGCAUCCAGGCCAGUCCAGAAUACUGGUCCCAAGGCAGCAUCAAUGCUUUCCCACUGCAUCAGGACCCUUUGCCAUCAGGCACUAUCAGCUCAGCUUUCUCCCAAAUGAUGAUCAGUUUCUACUAUGGAGGAAAGCUAAUGCAGAACACACUGGUUACUCAUCCUGAAGGCUGCAGGAUCUCCCCACAACAGCACCUGGGUCGUGGCUCCCUCUACAGUUCAGACAGCAUGCAGAGUGUUCAUUUUCCCCCUGCUGAGCUCAUUGAGUACGACCGCCAGCGCCAUGUUACACGCAAGCUCCUGGGCCACCUGGAGAGAGGUGUGCUGGUCCGUGCUAACCAGGAGGGUAUCUUCAUCAAAAGGCUGUGUCAGAGCCGUGUCUUCUGGAGCGGGCUGGGAGAAGUGGGCUCACAAUACAGCCCCAUGCCUUGUAAACUUGAGAGGGAUGCUGUAGUUAAGAUCUUUGACACAGGAAGGUUUCUUCAAGCCAUGCAGCUAUACCAGGAGGGUCAGUUUCCUGCUCCUGAUCCGACAAUAACUCUGUGUUUUGGAGAGGAGCUCCAUGAUCUCAACAAUGCUAAGAGCAAACUGGUCAUUGUGCAGAUCACUAUGGUGAAUUGCCAGCACCUGCUGGAGGCAGUGAACAUGCGCCGCUCUCAGCCUUACUGCAACAACCCAAACCUGGAUAUGUCUGAUGCCAGUGACCAGAUGGCUCGCAUCUACCAGGACCUGUGCAGCUACACUGGACCCCAGAGGUCAGCCUGCUACAGGGACAACAUGCCUAUCACAGCCUGAACAGCAUGUACUAGACAAAAUGUACAACAUAUUAGGGACAUUCCCGAUUUUCCUGACAUACACUGACAAGGUGAAUUCACAUAAAAGCCAUUAUCACCACCGGUUUUGGACUGUUUAAAUUCAUAACAGUCUCAGUGGAGACAUAAAGAUAAGGAAGAGCAAAUCUCUUAUAGUAAGGCUGCAGCUCGAUAUUAGCAUGUCCCUAAUAUUUGUAUAUAAGUUUAUAUAUUCUGGUGCCUAUUGUAACAAAUCUUCUAUGUCUUUAAAUACUUUAAUGAAAAGUCUCUCUACAGUAUGAUCAUUUAGGCAACUUAGUUCUCACAACUGCAGUUUAUUACAAUGUGCGUCAUCUUCUAUGCUGUUGUUUUUGCACUUGAGUCAGUUCCUUAUGUGAUGACCUUAUGACCAGAACAAAUGGAAAUUUUCUCAGAUAUUGUUGUAUUUUUACAGUAAAUAAUAAAUCUUUACAUGAGUUUAUAAAAACUGCAUGGAAUUUAAGAUGCAAUGUGGCAUUAUAUUACAGAUAGGUUUUACUAUCAGUUUUACUUGACCUUUAUGUCAUAAUUUUUUAUAAACUUUCUAAUAAAAUUAUGUUUGUACUGAAGUAUACACGUCUUUGUCAUGAUAUAAUCAUAUUUUUAUAUGGAUUGAUUUUGACUGUUGAAUUAUUAUUAAAUUG